AUGUCUGAUCCUUCGACUGCCGCCGCGAAUGCCAACGGCGCCGCUGUCGCGCCUCCACCGCCGCCAAAGGAAGACGGCACUCCCGUCGCAGGAUCCGGGAGGAUGUGCUCGAACGGAUGCGGGAAGGAGGCAGGAAACCUGGAGUGCCCAAAGUGUCAAUCUCUCAAGAUCUCGGGUUCCUUCUUCUGCGGCCAGAAGUGCUUCGCUAUGAACUACCCGAAGCACAACGCAAAGUUCCACAAGCCCGCAGCGGCACCAACACCGAAGUACGACUUCCCCGAAGGCACCAAGGACGGCUUCGACGGCAAGUUCAAGUACACCGGCAAGCUGCGAGCCGUCAUGCCCGUCGAGCCCGUCCCGAAGCGCCAAGUACCGGACCACAUUCCUCGACCAGACUACGCGAACCGAACUGAAGGCGAUUCCCCUUCUGAGGCUGCGGGACGUAUGGAGCGACAAGGGAAAGUCCUGAACGCGGAGGAGAUUGAGGGUAUGCGGAAAGUCUGCAAGCUCGCGCGGGAAGUACUCGACAUUGCGGCGGCGGCUGUUCGACCCGGCAUCACCACCCUCGAACUGGAUGCGAUCGUUCACGAGGAGUGCAUCAAGCGAGACUCGUACCCUAGUCCGCUCAACUAUCACCGCUUCCCUCGAUCCGUCUGCACAUCCGUCAACGAGGUCAUUUGCCACGGCAUUCCCGACGCACGACCACUCGAAGACGGCGACAUCAUCAACCUCGACGUCACCCUCUACCACGGCGGCUUCCACGGAGACUUGAACGCGACCUACCCCGUCGGUUCGUCCGUCUCGCAGGAGAACCUUGACCUCAUCGCCUGCUCGCGAGAAGCGCUAGACGAGGCAAUCCGAAUCUGCAAGCCGGGAACGCAGUACCAGGACGUUGGUAAGGUCAUCGAAGGUAUCGUCAGCAAGAAGGGUUUCCAGACGAACAAGACCUAUGUCGGACAUGGUAUCAACCAACUCUUCCACUGCGCGCCGAACGUACCGCACUACGCCGGUAACCGUGCCUCGGGCACGAUGCGCGUCGGACAGACGUUCACGAUUGAGCCGAUGAUCUGUGCGGGUAUCCAGAAGGAGAAGCACUGGCCGGACGACUGGACGGCGGUGACGACCGAUGGCAAGGCUUCGGCGCAGUUCGAGGAGACCCUGCUGAUCACGCCGACUGGUGUCGAGGUGCUGACAGCCGCUCCUGGAUGGACGCUGCCCCAGAAGGAGGUGGCGGAGGACACGUCAGCGGCGAAGAAGAAGAAGAAGGGAAAGAAGUAG